AUGGCAGCUCCACCUGCCGUCAAGCUCACGCGCCCUCCACUCCUCGUCGGCUCGCCGCACCGCGUAUCACCAAACUCUCGUCUGCGCUCCUUGCCAACUCCAAAAUCACGAAGUCCCCACGCGCUCUCGCCAUGCCACCAUUCCUCCAUCUCCUCCCUUCCCGCCCUCUCCUCGCUCUCCGCCUUUCACUCCCCCCGUUCCCUAGAUCCUCCCCGCUCGGACGCCCUCUCCCGUUCCGGCCAACCUUCUCGCGCUCGUUGCUUAAGAGCGUCGAGCCGCACGUCAAUCCGCGCAGCGUGGGGAUCAGAUCGACGCGCCGAUGGAAGCGCAAGUAGCUCGAGUAGCGCAUCGUCUCGCCAUCGCCGGCCAGGAACCGUCUCCGCAAAUGGCGAGGCCGCGACGAACUUCGCCGAAACGUCCGCGACAGUUACUGGCGUCGUGCCGGUCCGGCGGGUAUUCCGCGGGGAAGCGGACAGGGCAAGCGCGCAAAGGCUGCGGGAAGAGCAAUUGCGCGAGCGCACGCUGCGGAUAAACGGGUUCCUGGAGAGAGACGCCGAGGCGCUAGUGGUGCGAGAGGCGCGGCCCGAGGAGUACUGGGAGGCUGCUGACGUGCACUGCGCUGCGUUCUUCCCGCACGCGCCCUUCCCGCUAAAUUAUAUUUUGCGAAUGGACAGGGUCUCGGCGAUCCUGGCCAAUCUCAGCAUGCCACGCGGCACGUACAAGAAGUGCCUGGUGGCCUUUGACUCGCCAGCUUUCCUCCAAUCCCUCCCUCCUUCCUUCGCCCUCACAACUGCUUCCUCCCCCUCCGCCUCCCCCUCCGCCUCCGCCUCAGCCUCCCCCUCCGCCUCCUCUUCCCCUUCUUCCUCCCCCUCCACCACCACCACCACCUCCACAACCGCGCCCGCGACCAAAGCCCGCGCGCCACCCCCUGAGCACGCGGCGUCAGCAGCGAUCAAGGACUUUGACGGCGAGCGGGACUUAAUCGGCGGGCCAAUGUUCCGGCCCGUGCUGGCGACCAUGCUGCUGGGCCCGCCCGUGCUCUCGUGGACCUUCUCCGGGCUGAAUGUGGGGCCCAGGGGGCUCGUGGGGUCUGUCACGGUUGACACGGCUGGGGAGUUUCUGCCGCGCCGCAAGCCACACAACAGGCGCCGGACGGGCAUAGCAUACAUAAGCAACAUGGCAGUGAGGGCAGUGCGCAGGAGAAGGGGCGUGGCGGGCAGGCUACUGGCAGAGGCGGAGGCGCAGGCGAGGCGGUGGGGGUGCAGGGCGGCAGCGCUGCACUGCGACGUGCGCAACGAGGGCGCCCUCCAGCUGUACCUGCAACACGGCUACCGCCUCGUGCGGCCGCCGCUGGGUGCUGUGUGGCCCCAACCCAUGGCCUCUGAAGGCCAGGACCUGCAACUGCUGCUCAAGCGACUGGGGUAG